AUGGUCCUUCAAGUUUCGAACCCAAAUAAUGUUAAAAUAUAUACAGUUUCUGGUUCUGGGUGUCGCUCUAUACCAGAUUGGCUGGAGCGAAAGAAAAAAAGAGUAUUAAAAAAUGAUCCAGAAUGGAGAUCUAGAAUAGAAUUAAUUCAAGAUUUUGAGUUCCCUGAAGCUUCAUUACGAAUAAAAUCAACAAGGGAUGGCUGCUUCAUAAUGGCAACAGGUGUUUAUAAACCACAAAUUCGAGUUUAUGAGUACUCCGAAAUGUCAAUGAAAUUCGAUCGACAUACGGAUUCAGAGAACGUUAACUUUGUGAUUUUAUCAGAUGAUUGGACCAAGUCUGUAUUAUUACAAAACGAUAGAACAAUUGAAUUUCAUACACAUGGUGGAAUAUAUUAUAAGACUAGGAUUCCCAAAUUUGGCAGAGAUUUGGUAUAUCAUUAUCCAUCAUGUGAUUUACUUAUAGGAGCAUCGUCUCAUGAAGUAUAUAGACUAAAUUUAAAUCAAGGAAGAUUUUUAAAUUCAUUUUCAACAGAUUCGACAACAGGAAUAAAUGUUACAAUAAUAAAUCCUGCACAUCAAUUAUUUGGAUUUGGUACUGAAAAUGGUACAGUAGAAUUAUGGGAUCCAAGAUCAAGAUCACGAAUUGGAUUAUUAGCACCGCAAUUACCUUCUUUCUCAGAAAAUAAUAGUAAUUUAUUUCAAGUUACAGCCAUGGAAUAUAAAAAUGAUGGACUUUCUUUAGCAAUAGGAACUUCUACUGGACAUAUCUUAUUAUAUGAUUUAAGAAGUUCAAAACCUUGGUUGGUUAAAGAUCAUCAAUAUGGUUAUCCUAUUAAAAAAUUAUUUUGGUAUGAUGAUGUUAUCGGUAAUGAAGGAAAAUCUAAAGUUAUUAGUGCUGAUAGCAAAAUUAUGAAAAUUUGGGAUAAGGAUAAUGGAGCAAAUUUUACUUCAAUAGAACCUAAUACGGAUAUUAAUGAUUUUUGUGUUGUACCGGAUUCCGGAUUAAUUUUUAUUGCUAAUGAAGGUAUACAAAUUGGUGCUUUUUAUAUUCCUUCGUUAGGUCCUGCACCAAAAUGGUGUUCAUUUUUGGAUAAUUUGACGGAAGAAAUGGAAGAAAAUCCGCAACAAAAUAUUUACGAAAAUUAUAAAUUUGUCACUAGAAAAGAAUUAGAAACCCUUGGUAUGGAUCAAUUGAUUGGAUCAAAUGUAUUAAAACCAUAUAUGCAUGGUUUCUUUGUAGAUUUACAAUUAUACGAGAAAGCAAAACUUAUUUCUAAUCCAUUUGCAUAUGCUGAUUAUCGAGAAAAAAUAAUUAAAGAAAAACUUGAAAAGGAAAGGGAAUCGCGUAUAAGAGUAACCAAAAAAUUACCCAAAGUUAAUAAGGAAUUAGCAAGUAGAUUAAUAAAAUCUUCGGAAAAGAAGAGGAAAAUUCUUCAAUAUGAAGAAGGAAGAACUGCCACUGUUUCCGCUGUUGAUGAAGUUAAUAAUUUACUCAAAGAUGAUAGAUUCGCUGAAUUAUUUACUAAUCCAGAAUAUGAAAUUGAUGAACAACAAAAUUUAUUACACCCAACUAAGAAAAAUUUGAAGAAUAACGAUGAUGAUGAGGAGGAGGAGGAUGAGGAGGAUGAAGACGAACAGAUGAAUGAAUCUGACGAAAGCGGCACGUCUAUGGAGACUGACAGCGAUGAAGAUUUAAUAACUCAAUUAAAUAAACAUAAAGGAGUUAAAUCGAAAAAGACAAAAGAUGAACCUAUACGUAAUAUUCAAUCUACGUCAAAAUUGCAAAAAAAUAAGGGAUCAAAUGGAAAAUGGGGUAAUAUGGGUGAAAUGACAAUGACAUUUAAAUUAAAUAAUAAAAAUAAAAAAGAUAAUGAUUACAAUAAUCAGAAUCGUAAUAGAAGAUCUGCUAGCAAGAAUUUCUUCAGAGGGUUAAACUAA